AUGACAGUAGCAUCGCGGAGUUUCUGGUCUGUAGAUGCGUCGCCGUCCAGGCCAACAAUGGCGGUCGUCGCUGUCCAGCUUGGCCAAUGCGGCAACCAGCUUGGUGGGGCCCUUUUCUCUCGCCUUGCCGAAGAGAUCUCGAUCGCUCAGAGUGUCCGCGACGAAGCACGGGCCAGGAAACUGGCCGAUAUAUAUUUCCGUGAUUCUGAGGCGCGCCAGGUCGUGGCCUCUGCUCCGGGUUCGUUUUUUGAUUCUUCCGGAAUAUCCCCGUUCACAUCACUCCACAGAAAAAGAGAGGAUCCUGCGGCAGUCGCCCACGACGCGUGGAGCCCCCAAGACUCGGGGCGCCUCUCUCCGCAGUGGUCCUCUGCACCAGCAAUCGCCCGCUGUAUCCUCAUCGAUAGUGAACCGGGCGUUCUCGACGUGUGUCUCUCCGGAGCGCCUUACUCCACCCACACAAGAGACAGGAAAGCACAUUCUAGCCUCUUUUCGUCCAAUCGCACUUUCGCUGCCUCGCGAAACCUUCACAAGUCAGCUUUCGGCACGCAUUUCCGCUGGCAGUACAGCAAACGGAACGCUGUCUACGGGGCUCGCGCUGCAGGGUGCGGCAACAACUGGGCGGUAGGGUAUCUGCGUGAAGGCCCGCGCCGCGAAGAGGCCAUUGCGGAAGCCCUUCAGCGUGAACUGGAAAAGGCCGAGAGUCUGUCGUCUGUCCUUCUCAUCCACAGUCUUGCUGGCGGAACCGGGUCGGGACUCGGGGCCUUCAUGAACGCUCUUUGCCACGAUCUUUUGGGUUCGACUUCGACGGUCAAUCUCGCGGUCUGGCCUUUUACGUCGGGCGAGCUCUCUGUCCAGAGCUACAAUACGGCACUCUCUCUCGCUCAUGCCUACUCUUUCAUGGAUGGUAUGGUACUCACUGAAAACGCGCGUCUGGAGGAGCUCUGCAGAGGCCCAGGUACCACCUGCGGGGGGCCGUCUUUUGAUGACCUGAACCGUGCAAUUUCCGCAGCAGUUGCGUCUGCCACGCUGCUUCCUCACCAUUCGUGGGUUACUCAGGAAGCACCCGGAUGCCUUCAAAGGCGGCUGAGGCUCCAACCUAGCCACCGUAGAGGACAAUCCAUGCGGUGUCGUGGAGCAGAAGCAACGUCUAGCGGACGGCAGACCCCAUCAUGCAAUCUUUCAGUCUCACCUGGGACUCCCAGUAGCUUCGCGACCCACGAGAGCGCACCUCUCCCGUUAGGAGCCAGUCCACUAUCUUUUGUCGUGCGAGACCUCUGCAGCCAGCCAGCCUAUAAACUUCUAACUGUUUUCCAUAACCCGAUGCCCGUUUCCACUCCGGCUUCCAAUGCCCACAGUUUCGAGAGUCUACGGGGAUUCCUCUCGUCUUCUUGCCAGCACGAUAGUCCUUUCGGCGGCGACUCAUACGCUGCUUUGUUCAAGCAAGUGCUCCGCCAGUUCUCUCGAAGCACCCCCACGAUCCCUGCCUCUUCUGGAGCCAGCGACGGACGCAUACGAAACGGCGCUGCGGUGGGUUCUGAGCGACUUCCCAAUCGUGGCAGCGCUGUGUCGCCGCCAACCAAGCAAGGCAAACUGUAUAGGUCGUCCACGGACUGGACUGGGAAGUUGGCCCUGCCGCACACACCUUACUCUGAGGGAGGGCGAAACAAGACUCCCCGUGGACCCCGUUCUAACCCGUCUGGAGACGCAAGGACAUACGGGCGCGACGAAGGCGUCACAUCUGGAAUUCCGAAAACCGACACUGUCCCAAGGACUGGAGAACGACGGAGUGGCUCCAAUCGGACAGUAGGGAUCUGGGCAAUCGUGCGAGGGAGAGACAUUGAGACUGCGGAAACAGAAGAGCGGUUCUGGCCCGAAGAACAGCUUGACGCAGCCGUGCGGGUCUGGAAGGAGGACACGGUGCCGAUACGGGUAAGGAUGGCCAGAACAACCGUUCGCUGGAUCCGCGUGACGCUCUCCCGCAAAUGA